UGGUAUUUUAGACCACUUAAAUCGCAAUGAAACUUUCAGUAAUUUAGCAAGUGAAUUAUGACAUUAAAAGAAACCACGAGACGAUCAAGAAGUUCGUGUCAACUACUGACUGCGGGCCAGCCAAGAGACAGCCACUCAAGAAAGCUGAACAUCCAGAAGUGGAAGAAGCUUUGUACAUGUGGUUUCUUCAGGAAAGAAAUAGGCAUGCACCAAUUUCAGGACCCAUGUUGUCCAUGAAAGCUAAGUUCUUUAUAAGGAAAUAACAAAAAAAGAUGAUUUUGUAUCUAGCAAAGGAUGGCUAGAACAUU